CUGGAUCGGGGGCGGAGGUGACCGUGCCGAGGAGGAGCGAGAGGAGCUGUUGUCUCUGCUGCACAGAGGGGGGCCCGAGUCUCAGCGACGCCGUCUGGAGUGACCUCCGCCAGGGCCGGGAUAGGGACCGCACCGCCCGGGUCCCCGCCUCGGUCGUCAGCAGCUCCCGGCCCCGCCACGCCCUCAGAGUCCGAUGGAGGCGGCCGCGCUGAGGGACCCGGCUCAGAUUCCUGUGACUGCAGAAUCGCUUGUGGAGCCUAAACUGGGUAUGACCUUUGAGGACGUGGCCAUUUACUUCUCCCAGGAGGAGUGGGAGCUCCUUGAUGAGGCGCAGAGGCUCCUGUACUGCAAUGUGAUGCUGGAGAACUUUACACUUGUAGCAUCCCUGGAUUAUUGCCAUGGAAUGGAAGAUGAGGAGGUAACUUCCAAGCACAGUGUAUCUGUAGAAGAAGUGUCACAGGUCAGAACUUCUAAGGCAGGUUCAUUCACCCAGAAGAGUCACCUCUGUGAGGUGUGUGUCCCAGUCUUGAAAGACAUUUUACACCAGGCUGAGCACCAAACAGCAUACCCUGUGCAAAAAUCAUACUCGGGUAGCACAGGUAUGAGAAGCUUCUGUUUCAGUGCAAACCCUCAGCAGUACCAGAAGCAUUACAGUGGAGAAAAGCCAUGGAAAAGGGAUGUGGAAAGGGCCUUGUUUGUGACAAGCUGCAGAUUCCAUGUGUCAACAAAUCUCUUCACCUAUGGAGAGGAUAGGGAGGACUUCCCAGGCACCAUGGACCUUCUCCAGCAUCAGGCCACUCCCAACAGUGAGCCACACAGUAGCAGCAGCAAGUCUGGGCAGGCAUUUUGCAGUGGAAAAAGUCGGUACAAGAGGGGUGAAUGCAGAAAAGCUUCAAGCCACAAACCCAUACUUGUUCAGCAUCAGAGUGUCUGCUCUGGAGAAGGGCUUUAUGAGUGUAGCAAAUGUGAGAAAGCUUUCACUUGCAAGUACACAUUUGUUCAGCACCAGCAAAUUCACACUGGACAAAGGACAUAUGAGUGUAGUGAAUGUGGGAAACCUUUUAGCAAAAAGUACCAUCUUAUUGUACAUAAGAGCAUUCACACUGGAGAAAGGCCUUGUGAGUGCAGUGAAUGUGGAAAAGCCUUUAUCCACAAAUCCAAACUCCUUCACCACCAGAGACAUCAUGCUGGAGGAAUGCAUUAUAAGUGUGGUGAAUGUCAGAAAUCCUUUAACUACAAAUCAAAUCUCAUUGAACACCAGAGAGUUCACACUGGAGAAAGGCCUUAUGAGUGCAGUGAGUGUGGAAAAUUCUUUAGACAAAGCUCUAGCCUCUUUCGACACCAGAGAGUUCACACUGGAGAAAAGCCUUAUCAGUGCUGCGAAUGUGGGAAAUCCUUUAGACAAAUCUUCAAUCUAAUUCGACACAGGAGAGUUCACACUGGAGAAAUGCCUUAUCAGUGCAGUGAUUGUGGGAAAGCCUUUAGCUGCAAAUCCGAACUCAUUCAACACCAGAGAAUUCACAGUGGAGAAAGACCCUACAAGUGCAGUGAAUGUGGAAAAUCCUUUAGACAAUUCUCUAACCUCAUUCGACACCGUAGUGUUCACACUGGUGAUAGGCCUUACAAGUGCAAUGAAUGCGAGAAAUCCUUUAGCCGCAAAUUUAUUCUCAUUCAACAUCAGAGAGUUCACACUGGAGAAAGGCCUUAUGAGUGCAGUGAAUGUGGGAAAUCUUUUACCCGCAAAUCUGAUCUCAUUCAACACCGGAGAAUUCAUACUGGCACAAGACCUUAUGAAUGCAGUGAAUGUGGGAAAUCUUUUAGACAACGCUCUGGACUCAUUCAACACCAGAGAGUUCAUACUGGAGAAAGGCCUUAUGAGUGUAAUGAAUGUGGAAAAUCUUUUAGCCAAAGUGCUAGCCUCAUUCAACACUACAGAGUUCACACUGGAGAAAAGCCUUAUGGAUGUAGUGAAUGUGGAAAAUCCUUUAGCCAAAGCUCCAGCCUCAUUCAACACCAGAGAAGUCACACUGGAGAAAGACCUUAUGAGUGCAGUGAGUGUGGGAAACCCUUUACCCACAAAUCUGACCUCAUUCAGCACCAAAGAGUUCACACUGGAGAAAGGCCUUUUGAAUGCAGUGAAUGUGGGAAAUCCUUUAGCCGCAAAUCUAACCUCAUCCGACACUGGAGAGUUCACACUGAAGAAAGACCUUAAAUGUGCAGGGAAUGUGCUAUGUCUUUAUUCAGUAUAACAACACUAAGGG